AUGUGUUCAUCAGAAAAUCUAUUUAUAUACAUUACGUUUAUUCCACAGGCCUUAUUCUCAGGUCGAAAAUAAAAUUGUAUUUAGUUAAUUUAUUACGGUAUGCAGUGAGCAGUUACUAUGGUGUAAAUACAGUUUAUUAUACAAAAAAGAACAUAUACAUAA